CACUAGCACAUAGACACGCAGGCACACAGAGAAACGUGUGUACUGUAUUUCGCAUUACCUGUGCGUGCUUGUGUGUGUGUGGAAAGGCCUUCCUACUUAGCCACCAUGGCCCCAAAUUGAACCCCCCUAAAUAUAAAAGAAACUGUAAAUGUAGACACAAACGUAACUGUUAAUGUAUACAUACACUCAAACACAUGGAACAUACAGACACAGCUUAUGAGAACGCUAAACAUUAAAUAAACCCACACACUUGCAUGAGUUAAACAUUGUUUUUUAUUACUUAUCUAUUAUAACUUUAUAAUGCAAGGCAUGCUUGCGGCUGGCAAGCAGUCCUUGCUUGCAUGCUUGCCACUACUCUCUGGCUUGUGGUUUGAAGUUUACCAGGGGGUGGAUAAACCUGUUUCAAUUCAUUCAUUCGCAUACUCUAUAGGCCUGGGGGAGAAGGUCAUAAACUGUUGAAAAAAAGCAUUGUCACCAAUCCAUAGAUAUGGUCCUCCCAAUGAGGCGGGACAUGGGAAGCUGCCCAUGCCAUUGGAUAAGGGCAUAGGAAGCUGCUCAUGUCAUUGGAUAAGGGGCGGCACAAUUCGGGGCUGCAGACCUCAUAUCACGGUUGAACGGAGUGGAGACCUGCCUCUCUAUCAACUAUCUUCAUCCUGGGGGUAUGUAAACACUAAUAUAUUGCUACACACAUGUUAAGAAACAUGUGGACAGGCUGUUGUCAUUCUCAGCUGUAAUAAUUAGCAACGGUUACCACAAGGCAGUGUUGGGGAGAGACCGCCAGCCCUCCACAGCGGACUGCGCCAUCCAUUUCCUAAGUUAAGCCAACCGCCAAGAGGACUACUCAUUCAGAUGUUUCCAACCUUAGCAUCAUCAUAAGGCGCCGGCAGGCGAGUGAGUGUUGACAACCUAUGAUACUCAGCCAUGGCCCUUCAGGGAGUGAUUCUCUAUCUAUUAGUCCUGUUUCCAGCUGCCCUCCUCAUCGAAGACUCGCCAAACAGCCAUCCUGAUGGCCCGCCCAUAACUUGUGGACGACUUGGCAGUGAGAAACUGUUGCGCAAGAAAUCCAGCAACAGUAUCUGCUGUGGAGACGAACAGUACAGCCCUGACACCCACUGCUGCUGCUGGGACGGGGCGCUCCGUACCGAAGCCCGGGGCUGCUCCCGCUGCUGUGAACAAGACAAGAACCAAGCUCCCCUAGCCUGCUGUGGCCAACGGCCCUUCGACCCCAGCUCCGCCGUCUGCUGUGGACUGAAGAUCCUGGCCCACCCGCUCCGAUGCUGUGGGGGAGGGGCCUACCACACCAACACCCAGCUGUGCUGUGGACCCCUGGGCAGAGAGAAGAUCCUCUCCAAGAAACACGAGGAGAACAUUUGCUGUGGAGACGGCCAGUACAGCAAUGGGACCCACGAGUGCUUGGGAGACCCUCCUAGAGUCAAGGAGCGCCCAGUGUCCCCUGGGACGCGCUCAGACCGGGCUUCCAUCCCCAGGCCAGCAGAGUACAGAGGGAUUGAGAUCUCCUUCCAGAGCUGUGGUCAGGGGGCCUACCACACCAACACCCAGCUGUGCUGUGGACCCCUGGGCAGAGAGAAGAUCCUCUCCAAGGAACACGAGGAGAACAUUUGCUGUGGAGACGGCCAGUACAGCAAUGGGACCCACGAGUGCUUGGGAGACCCUCCUAGAGUCAAGGAGCGCCCAGUGUCCCCUGGGACGCGCUCAGACCGGGCUUUCAUCCCCAUGCCAGCAGAGUACAGAGGGAUUGAGAUCUCCUUCCAGAGCUGUGGUCAGGGGGCCUACCACACCAACACCCAGCUCUGCUGUGGACCCCUGGGCAGAGAGAAGAUCCUCUCCAAGGAACACGAGGAGAACAUUUGCUGUGGAGACGCCCAGUACAGCAAUGGGACCCACGAGUGCUUGGGAGACCCUCCUAGAGUCAAGGAGCGCCCAGUGUCCCCUGGGACGCGCCCAGUGUCCCCUGGGACGCGCUCAGACCGGGCGACCAUCCCCAGGCCAGCAGACUCCUCAGCUCUUCCGGUAUCCUCAGUCAUGGCAGAACAACUCGCCCCAUCCACUGUAAAUUUACCCGUCGCUGAGCCUGGGGGCCGGCCUCGGGUUAGGGUUAGCGGACGCGGACCUGCGGACCCCCCUGACAGCAGGGGGACGGGCCCUGCUCCGUCCUCCCCCAGUCCCUGGACUAGGCUGAGGGGGAUGCUGUUCAGGUCAGGCCGCAGCUGACCUUUGAGCCGCGACAGGUUCUAUUCCCACACGGUGUGGGAAUUGACUCAAUGAAUCAAUUAUUGGAAGGGACCAACUAAUGUCGUCUGGACUAAGCUAGACCAAACUGGACUUGGGUUACGUUAAUGUAACACAAGUCCAGUUUGCAAAAACCUAUCUGAUACUGUAGAGAAACCUUGAAGUUGAGUAAAUAGUUAUCCAUGUACUGUUGUUUUAAAUAAGUCAUUUUUUUUUUACAAUGAAGGUGAAUCACAAUCUACCUGUUAGGGUUACUACUACUGCUACUGCAUUGCAAAAGUCAGUCCGUCUCCGUUGCAUCGAGUGAUAGUUAAAAAAUAUUGGAUGCGCACGUAGAGCUACAGAGAGGGUCUCGGAGAGGGUCUCAGACAGGCUCUCCGGCUGCGGAGAGGGCAAUCCGUGUCUACGUACAGCACUUUACGGAGGAGUAUGAAACCAGCCUUGAGGACUACUACUACUGAGAAUGUAGUGUUACGUCGGUAACGCCGUCUUACUAUUGUUUAUUAUUGAACUAAAUACCUGUGGUGUGUGCCCAACCCUUCAGCCAUUCAAUUAUUUGGAGUAUUGACUGAUUAAUUAUUGUUAUUAGCAUAAUUAUUCUUUUUUGUUUUGUAUAUUUUUUGUUUUAAUAUAUUAGCAAUGAUCUCAAUAAACGGCAACGUGACACCUAUCCCUGUUGUUCUACUAUUGUCUUAUUUGGAUGAUUAUCAUCUGCUGGUGUUAUGAUCUCGUCCUCCCCACCACCCAGACAGCUGAUCGGGUUUACUCAGCCCCAAGAUAAGGCUCUCCGGGACUCAGUGAGUUGUGGUCAAGGGCUACGUUUUCACGUGUCGUAUUUGUCU